GUCGAAAAGAUGAAGUCGUUUGGUAACUUGACCUUUGGCCUGCUCGUCAUCCUUGUAGCAUGCAUUACUGUCGGCUUAGAGGCUCGUCGCCUGGCUCUGCGUCCACUGACUGGACGGGAACUGAGAAGGGCUCUUAGGGAAUCCGGAUUCGAUGAGGACUCUGCAGCUGGCCGAUCAGUGGCAUCGGCUUUGACCGGACUCAGUGGAUUCGCCCUGGGCAUCACAAAGGGCAUUGGUGGCUCGAUUCUGUUCGAUGUCGUGACCUCGAAUGUGACCAUUGAUUACAUCACCAGUCUGCUGAACUCCACUGCCUCUUCAUCGACCUCAAGCAGCAGUGGCACCGCCCAGGAGAUCUGUUUCAACAGUCGCAGUGCCGACGGGGAGAUCAUUAACGGCAGGAGUAAUGAUGACGCAGAGCCUAAUGGCGAGUGGAGACAGACUACUACUACUGCCACUGGCACUAACACUGCCACUGGCACUGGCUCAGGAACAACCCCCACUACUACUACCUCGGCUUCCAAUGGCCUCACCUGCAUUGUCCUGAGCAAGGAGGGAUCCCGUCGCAGGCGCCAGUUGCGCAUUCGUCCCGGAACCUUGAGAUCUGUUUAUCCGGAACGUCAUCGACAAACUUUGAGAAAGUACCGCAGGCAUAGGGCAUAG